AUGGACAACCUCUUGGGCUCAUCUCCAGUUUCCAGCAAUAAAAAGAAGUCUUUCAUAAUUGCUGCUUCUCUUAUUGGUACUCUUUGUGUUAUUGGCACAAUUCUUUUGUUUACCAAAUCAUCUUACCAAUCUCCAGUUCUUAUCCAAAUGCAGCUUGAAGAAGAAGAAUUCAAACUUUUCAUAUCAAAUUACAAUAAAGUUUAUACUGCCAAUGAAUACUUAAAAAGACUUCAAGUUUUCAGAGAUAACCUCAUCUUUAUCAGAAUGCAAAAUCAAAUAGAAAAUGAUUGGGUGCUUGGAGUAAACCAAUUCACUGACUUACUACUUUUCUUAAGCAAUUUAAUUAUUUUAGGAUUAUUUUUUUUACUAUUAUUAAAUUUUUUUUUAAAUUUAAUAUAGAAAAGAAUCAAAGAGUUAACCAGAGACGAAUUUAAAGCUAUGUAUACUCCAAAUAAAUUUAUUCGUAGUGAAAGGAGGCAAGAACAAGAAUUUUCAAGCGUUCAAGCUCUUCCUACUUUUGUAGAUUGGAGACAACAAGGUGCUGUAACCCCGGUCAAAAAUCAAGGAGCCUGCGGAAGUUGCUGGGCAUUUUCGACCACAGGAGCAGUUGAAGGGCUUUGGAAAAUCUCAGGAAAUUCACUGGUUUCACUUUCUGAACAGGAACUUAUGGACUGCUCUGUGUCUUUUGGGAAUAAUGGAUGCAAUGGUGGACUUAUGGAUUAUGCUUUUGAGUUCAUCAUGAAGAAUGGAAUCACUCUUGAAUCAAAUUAUCUAUUAUUAUAGUGAAUACGCCAAAGUAUGUUAAAUAAACCAUUUUUAUAUAAAUAUCAUGAAAAAAGAUAUCCCUAUGCCGGGGUACAAGGCACUUGCAACACUACAGCUGAGCAAUUAAUUGCAGCAAACAUCACCAACUACGUAAAUGUCCAAACCGAAAACCCAACUGCUCUUCAAAGCGCAGUUGCCCAACAACCAGUUUCAGUUGCUGUUGAAGCUAACCAAUACGUCUGGCAAUACUAUAAAGGAGGCAUUAUCAGCAAAAACUGUGGCACAGAGCUAGACCAUGGAGUCCUAGUUGUGGGCUACAACACUACCAAUUCUCCACCUUAUUGGAUCGUCAAAAACUCUUGGGGAGCAGGCUGGGGAGAAAACGGCUAUGUGAGAAUCCAAAUCUCAGCUGCAAAAGGCAUAUGCGGGAUCAAUAUUGAACCAUCUUAUCCAACCCUUUAA